AUGACCAAGCCCUACAACGCACCACAAACGAAGGUCAACAAAGGCGGGGCGUCCUCCAAAAACACCCCCCACCAACAUGCCCCAUCAAAACCCCCUUUUGCUUCCAAACCCUACAGCACACCCGGCAAAGACGGACGUCCUCCAGAAACACCCACCACCAACACUCCUCUAGGCCUUCAAUCUCAUCCGGAGGGCGAUGUCCCCCAUUAUUAUAUCAGUCUCUGCAACUAUGUAUCCAAGAAAUGCUGUGCUCUUCACUGGCCAGGGGAACGUCCAGCCUCCCCCAGACACGCUGCCUCCCAUGAAGCCGCCUUCUCUUCCUGCUGUUCAAAUACCAAAGUGAUCUUACCGAAGGUGCUAGCAUCCACAUCCUUCCAUCAUGGUCGUUCUUUCCCCAACACCUGGUCCCAGCGUCAAGGUACAGCAUCUAUACAAGCCAUCAACGACUCGGACCGCCCCAGUGUCAAGCUCUUCCAGUCUACAGUUGAUACUACCAACGGCAAGAACCCUCUCACUAUCCUCUCCUGGGUCGCUCAUGUCUCCCACCACAAGCCUGGUGAACUCUUCUACUUCUCUGGCGACGUCGCCCACGGCAACACGGACUAG